AUGGCGGAUGAAGUUGAUAAGAGAAAAACUAUACGUUUAUGCCUAUCAAACAUGAUUCGUGCCAACAGAAAAAGGCGACUUUUAAUGCAUAUGGCAUUAAAUAACCUCCUGGCAAGGAGAAGGCAGCUUCUGUGUGUUUGUUAUGUCAUGCUUAUGUUUACUGCACGAAGAAAUGUGGUUGCACGUGUUCCUCGCGUACGAUCUUGCCGUAGGUAUAUUAGAAAUACCGGUUGGUGACAAAAAGUUUGGAAUACCUAUUCUGAUGCCCGAUUUAAAAAAACUUUUCGUGUAACUCGAGGAACGUUUCUGUUUAUUUUAAGUCGUAUUCGGCCUGUACUUCAGAGACAAAAUGUUACAGAGGAGCCAAUCUCCCCCGAGGAGAGACUGGGUAUAUGCCUUUAUAGAUUAGGCAGGGGCGAUUAUUUUUAUACUAUCGCAGAAAUGGUGGGAAGAGGAAUUUCGACUGUUAGUGCUAUUGUACAGGAAGUAUCAGAGGUUCUUGUUGAACACCUGUGGCAUGAAGCGAUAUCGAGUAACCUGCCAAAAUGUCGCGAAGGUUUCGAAAAAAAGAUUGUUGAUAUGGAAGAAUUAUUAAUGGCAGUUCCCCUGCAGUUGGGCAGCCUUAGAUGGCUGUCAUAUUCCGAUGAAAUGUCCUCCAGGCGGCCUUGCAGCAUGUAA